CCCACUGGCUGCCGUGCUCAUAAAGCUGGGUCCGCGUGUACUUCCUUGUGGCUCCAGACAGCCUGACGUCUCCCUCGUUCGCUCACACCCAGCGGCCAGCGGGUGCGGGCGGCAGGAGGCAGAACCGCCACCCUCCCAUGCAAAUCAGCCCCAGGGGUGCAGCCGGGUUUCUCCCGCUGCUGCAGGGCAAUGCUCCUGGGGAGGCGCUGGGGAAGAUGCAACCUGGGGCGCUGUGUACUCUUCCUUGUGCUGGCCCUGCUGCUCGACGCCGUGGGCCUGGUCCUUCUGCUGCUGGGCGUCUUCGCCUCCCUCGAUUACUGGGACUUCUUGGUCUACACGGGGGCCCUGACCCUGGUGUUCAGCCUGCUCUUCUGGAUCACCUGGUAUUCCCUCAACAUCGAGGUACCUCUUGAGAAGCUGGACUUGUAGUUUGGCCGUGGGCACAGGAGGAGGGACGCAGGCUCCACAGGCAGCUGGCCGUGAACCUGGGGCUGCUGCGCGGCCGGAGGGGUAGAGGCGUGUUUCCACUCCCACCCAGAACGCCCCACGGGGGAGCAGGUGAGUGCACACGAGGCCCGCCUGGUGGGGUGGCUGGAGAGGCUGAGAAGGAACUGGAAGCCUGCACCCCGGCUGGGGGCUCUGCCCACCUGGGUGGGCACCUGUGGUGGCCACAGGCUGUCCUCUCCCCCUCCGGGGCCCGUCGUCCUUAUGGAGACUACAAAGAGGGUCUCCACGGCCCCCUCCAUUUCUGAGAUGCCAAGAGUGGUCCCGCCAUGCAGAACAGGAAGUUAUUCCGUCAGCUCAGAACUUUGGAGAGGAGAGCCCAUCUUGAUUGUCUGUUGGAAGACCAGCCGGCUGCAGGGGGGGGAGGGGGUCUAGCACUGGGAGAGAAUGGAAAGCUCUCCAGUGGCCGUGUGUGUCCUAGCACUGAUGGAGUGGUGGCGGGGAACCACCCAGAAUGGCCCUUCUCCCUCCCUUCCUGCCUGUACCUGCAGGUGGGGACACACACCACAGUGGGGAGGACCUGCCUCCACAUCCUCCCUCGG